UCCCCCCUCCCUUCACUCACUCCCUUCCUUGCCUCUGUUUGUUCACUCUCACCUUCUUCUCCUUCUUCUCUGCUCUGCUCUGCAAUCAAUCAUGCCUUCUUCUUCCACUACCAUUUUCUCCAAAUGCACCAUCUUCCCCGAUCAGAAAUCCCCUCUCACCACUCUCAAGCUUUCCGUCUCCGACCUCCCCAUGCUCUCCUGCCAUUACAUUCAGAAGGGUGUCCUCCUCCCCCUCCCGCCUUACUCCUUCGAUGAUCUCAUCGUCUCCCUCAAACACUCCCUUUCCCUCGCUCUCUCCCAUUUUCCCGCCCUUGCUGGCCGCCUCAUCACCGAUGAUCUCGGCUAUGUCCACAUCCUCUGCAAUGACGCCGGCGUCGAUUUUGUUCAGGCCAGGGCUAAACAUCUCCUUGUCAGCUCGAUUUACUCCCCCGAACUUGUCGAUGUUCCCAAUUGCUUUAAGGAAUUUUUCACCUACGACAACACCAUCUCUUAUUCCGGCCACCACAACCCCCUCGCCGCAGUCCAGGUCACCGAGCUCGCCGAUGGGGUGUUCAUAGGAUGCACCGUCAAUCACUCCGUCACGGACGGGACUUCCUUCUGGCACUUCUUCAAUACCUUCGCUCAGAUCUGCAAGGGCGCGAAGAAGAUAUCCAACUCGCCAGACUUCACCCGCGACACCGUUUUCAACUCCACCGCCGUGCUGAGAGUCCCCGCCGGUGGCCCCAGGGUCACCUUCGACGCCGACCAGCCUCUCCGGGAGAGAGUUUUCCACUUCAGCAGGGACGCAAUUCUGAAGCUGAAGCUCAGAGCUAACAGUGGCGGCCGUAACGGUUUCGCGAAUUCCACGGAGGUAAUGGGGAAGCAGGUUAACGACAGUUGGAAAACUGUUAACGGCGUUACUAACGGGCAGAUAACGGCAGUUAACAACGGCGUACCAGCUAGGACCGGAGAGAUCUCGUCUUUCCAAUCCUUAUCUGCUCAGCUGUGGCGCUCCGUGACACGUGCGAGGAAGCUAGAUCCGUCCAAAACGUCGACAUUUCGCAUGGCGGUGAACUGUCGCCACCGUCUGAGGCCGAAGAUGGACGCCUACUACUUCGGCAACGCGAUUCAGAGCAUCCCGACCGUCGCCGAAGUCGGCGAGAUUCUGUCUCGUGAUCUGCGGUGGUGUGCUAAUCUGCUCCACCAAAACGUCGUUGCGCACGACGACGCUAUGGUGCGACGCGGCAUAGAGGAUUGGGAGAACGCCCCGAGGUUGUUUCCGCUGGGGAACUUCGACGGCGCAUCAAUCACGAUGGGCAGCUCUCCGCGUUUUCCGAUGUACGACAACGAUUUCGGAUGGGGCCGACCGCUGGCGGUCAGAAGCGGGAAGGCCAACAAAUUUGACGGGAAGAUCUCGGCGUUUCCGGGAAGAGAAGGAAACGGGAGUGUUGAUCUGGAAGUCGUUUUGGCCCCGGAGACCAUGGCUGGACUGGAAAACGACACGGAGUUUAUGCAGUACGUAUCGCCGAUCGUGUGAGUUCGUCGCGAAGUGGCAGCUUAAAGGACAGGGAUGUCGAUGAAAGCCGGAAACGACGGGACGGAGCGUGUGGCCACAAAACGACACAGGGUUUACGUUCUUGAGUGUUGGUCAACGGUCGUGUGGUGGGUUCAAAGUUGUGUGAUGGCAGUGUUUCGCUAGUAAUUUUCUGAAAAAAAUGGGCAAUGCAGCUUUCACUUCCCAGGUGACGCAUAUCGAAUAACAUAACAAAAAAAAAAAAGGUAAAAACAAAAAAGGAGAAGAAAAGGUUAGGGAGAAGCAGGACUGAGGAUGUUUGGUGGUUGUCCUAUUAAUUUAUUGAGGUGAGCGAUGGAAUGGUUCUACUAACAUAUGAGUUAAGCUUGUAGUUUGGGUUUUAAAGAAAGUUUGUGGGAAGAUAAUGAUAGUGUGUGCGGGACGGCGAGAGUUUGAGGAUAAGACUAUGGAUGACUGAUGUCAAAGGAGAUUAAAUGGUAGCUUAUGAAAUAGACUGUGCUCCGGGGAGCCCUGAAUUUAACUUA